AAUCGCCUGGCAACUUUCUUUCCGGGGAUUCCCGACUCCCAAUUCUCCGAACCGAAUUGAAGUAAACGCUUGCCCGCAAUGCCCGCGAAACUCGAACGCAGUAGAAACACAGGCGGAAACGCGCCGCGAGAAAGAGCCGAGAGUACUGGAGGGAGACGUCCUUGAUUGACGGUGUUAAUACAUAACAUAUAAAGGAAACCGUUCUCGUCGCUGCAGGUCCAGACCGACUAGCGCUUGACAGACAUGCCCGCCAAUGAGGAUACCUCCAACGACGAGACGUCGUUGCGAAUGAAACACGAAAGAGCCGGUCCAUCCAUGGAAUCUUCGUGGCGGAAGAUGUCCGAGGAACAUCCACGAGCGAAUCCCUCGCCGAUCCCGAAUCUGCCGGGUCUCGUUAAUGGCAUCGAAGAACGACAAGGAAUCGAGAAAUGGGAUUUCCGCAGUAUGCCGCGUCGGGACGCUCACGAGAAGCUCUUCAGGGACUUCUUCGAGCUUGUGCUGCAGCGUGCCGUGUUCCAGCCCACAUCUGGGAAAGAUCGCGUGGUUGAAUGGGUUGAUCCUUACGAUUUACGCUCCGUAGUCGACCUCUCAUUGCCAGCCGAGGGUGUCAGUCAUGAGAAAUUGCUGACGCUGACACGCGACAUCAUCAAGUACAGCGUGAAAACGAGCCAUCCGCAUUUCGUGAACCAAUUGUUCUCUAGCCUGGACCCGUAUGGGUUGCUGGGUCAAUGGCUGACCGAUGCACUCAAUCCAUCCGUCUAUACCUACGAGGUAUCUCCAGUGUUCUCUCUGAUGGAGGAGGAUGUUCUGCGAGAGAUGCGCGCCAUCAUCAGCUGGCAAGAAGGUGAGGGUCUCUUCUGUCCUGGAGGCUCCAUGGCGAACGGAUACGCCAUCAAUUUGGCGCGUCACCAUAGAUAUCCGAAUCUGAAGCAAUCCGGAUUAUCGCAGAUGCCACGACUGGUGGUGUUUACUUCGGAGGAUGCGCACUAUUCUGUGAAGAAGCUCGCCGCGUUCCUGGGAAUCGGCUAUGAUAACGUAUAUCUAGUCAAGGUCGACUCUCGUGGCAAAAUGAUGGUCUCUGAUCUGGAGGCUCAAAUCGCCCGAGCCGUCGAGGAGGGCGCCGCGCCGCUUAUGGUAUCCGCCACUGCGGGAACUACCGUGAUAGGCGCGUUUGAUCCCCUCAGAGAGAUCGCAGAAGUCUGCAGGAAACAUGAACUAUGGUUCCACGUGGAUGCCGCGUGGGGUGGAGGUGCACUUAUCUCCGAGACGUACCGUGGCCUCCUGGACGGCAUUCAGUUCGCCGACUCCGUCACCUGGAACCCUCACAAGCUGCUGGCCGCGCCACAGCAGUGUUCCACCCUGUUGCUUCGUCAUGAAGGUUUAUUACAAGCGGCACACGGUUGCGGGGCGAGCUACCUUUUCCAGAACGACAAGUUCUACGACGCGUCGUUCGAUUGCGGUGAUCGCCACGUGCAAUGUGGCCGCCGCGCUGACGUCGUCAAAUUCUGGUACAUGUGGAAGGCGAAAGGCACGCGCGGCCUCGAGGCCCACGUCGACCGCUUGUUCGCGCUUUCGCGCCACUUUACCGAUCUCAUCAGGACACGCGAUGGCUGGCACUUGCUCGUCGAGCCGGAGUGCAUCAACGUUUGCUUCCGCUACAUUCCGCCGUCGAAGAGGCACCUGACCGGCCAGGAACUCGAGCAGGCGCUUCACAAGAUCGCGCCAAUAAUUAAGGAACGCAUGGUACGAGCAGGGACAAUGUUGAUUACAUAUCAGACAUUGAGAAAUAUGCCCAAUUUCUUCAGAUUGGUGCUGCAGAACUCGGGACUAACGGAAGCUGAUAUGAAGUUCUUCGUUGAGGAGAUAGAAAGGCUCGCCAUGGACCUUUGAUUAGUUCAAUCAAUACGAUUGGUAAA